ACCUCCUUGGGGCCUCUCGUCAAACCCUAGCCAAGCCAAUCCCUGGGGAGAGUGAAAGCUGAAAAACUAGUGGAAAUCUCUCACCGCCGUUUGAUCCUGGAAAGCAGGAGGGAGCCAGGGAGGGGAAUCCUGUCGACGCUACUGGAUUGCUCUUAGGCAUACUUAAAGUCAGCGUCACUUGAAUAGAACUGAUGGCGCAAGCAAUGUCUCUGGCGUCUGGAGCGUCCCUCGUUGGGGCUCCUCGGGUUUCCGUCCAGAGCUCCGUUGCUGUACCCUCCGCUUGCUCCCUGCGUGUGUCUCCCACCAGCGUCAUCCCCCUCCGCAGCAAUGCCAAGUCCCGCGCGGUGACGUGUCGAGCGGUGGUCGUGGCUGCUGCGGAUGCCGAAGCUCCCGCCGCUCCUGCUUUCGGCAAGGGCAACAUUGUGCGCGUGGAGAAGGAGAAGUACCUUAACAGCGUCGAGUUCAAAGCAGUGGACCAUCCACCCUACUUCACCGGCCUUGACUACAUUUACCAGGCCAGGGGCGAGAUCUUGGACCUCAAGGAGUUCAGUGGCAAGCAAUACGCCCUGAUCUCUUGGGCUGGUGUGCCCACUCCUCCUGCCUGGCUUCCCACCAGCAUGCUCAUCAAGGCUCCCAAGCUGGAAUACGUGAGGACAUAAAUAGACCUCCAUGCCAAUGUUAUAACAGCUUACAGUUCCGAUUUGCAGAUUGGCAUGGCACCCUGGUAUUGUUUUCAGUAGCAAGGCAACAGCAUUGUUUUUAUUGCAUUCUUUGGCCAGGUCAUAGAAAUAGCCACUCUAGACCUAGCCAGCCAUGUUAGACUUUAUACGGGAAGGUUGGCAACAAUAAAUUCAGACAGUAGUACGAAAUUGCUUGCACAAAGAAGCCCUCUUAGGGAAUAUCUAAAUUGCAUGACC